CCUGAAGUCGAUGGAGUUUGGGCCGUGUGACAGCUCCACAGCGCAGGACUCGUGUAAACCGUUAGAGGUGUUGCUGCUGGAGAAGAACCGCAGCCUGCAGUCUGAGAGCGCGUCUCUGCGCAUCGCUAACACUGAGCUCAGCAGUGAGUCCGUUUUCAGUCAAAAACAGCAAAUACCAACAUCUCAGAAAAUACUCAUUUCAAUAACACGAUCAGCAAUUCAAUCUGACACGAAGUGGUAUCAACGUUGUUGCUUACCAUCAAAUAAUGUAAAAAAACUCAUGUGCAGCAAGUAGUGAUGAUAUAGCCAUUCAAUAUCAACACCAAAAGCCGUCAUUUAUAAUAUUUAAUAACUGCAAGU